UCCCACUCCAUCCCCCGGAAUUGACGCAACCACGAUUCAUCUGUCCCACCCCUCCAACACCAACCAUUUGACAAGCAAUGGAUUCCAACAACCCUCGCGAGACCUGGAACCGCAUUCAAGCUGCCAUUACUCGGGUCCAAAGACAGGGCGGCCCUGGCAGAGGACCGCCAAAGGGAGUUUUGGGCGGUGGUGCUGCAUUAGUACUGCUUGGUGCUGCAGCGGUUACCUUUAACAGUGCAAUUUUUAACGUUGAUGGUGGUCAUCGUGCCAUCAAAUAUACCCGCCUCGGGGGUGUCAAGAAGGAGAUCUACAAUGAAGGAACACAUUUUGUUAUACCUUGGUUCGAGACACCAAUUACUUACGAUGUCCGUGCGAAGCCGAGAAAUGUUGCUUCGUUGACUGGUACCAAAGAUCUCCAGAUGGUCAAUAUCACUUGUCGUGUGCUUUCUCGUCCUCAUGUUGAUGCCCUCCCGACAAUUUACCGUACCCUUGGUGUGGACUAUGAUGAGCGUGUGUUACCGUCGAUUGUCAAUGAGGUUUUGAAGUCUGUUGUUGCGCAGUUCAAUGCUAGUCAGUUAAUCACCCAGCGUGAGAGCGUUAGUAGGCUUGUCAGGGACAAUUUGGUAAAGAGGGCUGCGAGGUUUAACAUCAUGUUGGAUGAUGUUUCUCUGACGCAUCUUGCUUUCUCACCUGAAUUCACCGCCGCAGUCGAGGCUAAACAAGUUGCUCAACAAGAGGCUCAGCGUGCCGCUUUCAUUGUCGACAAAGCACGUCAGGAGAAGCAAGCCAUGAUUGUCCGCGCUCAGGGUGAAGCCCGCUCAGCAGAGCUUAUCGGAGAUGCUAUCAAGAAGUCCAAGAGCUAUGUUGAGCUCCGUAAAAUUGAGAAUGCCCGAAAUAUUGCUACGAUUCUCCAGGAGAGCGGUGGAAGGAACAAGCUCUACCUUGACACCGAUGGCUUAGGUUUAAAUGUUAUGGAGAAGAAGUAGUAAUCUCCGUACAGGGCAAGCCGAAAUGAAAUUCCACAUUACCACCGAAAAUAGCUAAGUUGGAAUGAGGGAGAGUGUAUUAAGGGUUAUCACAUCUCUUUCUAGAGGCAGAGGCACUUUCAUAAUAGCGAAAUAAAAACUCUCCUAUCCAUA